AGGGAGACAUGGCGACGUCCCUGAUCUGCGGCCGCUUGACGGCUAGCCUGAGAAAUUCAGGGGCCAGAAACACUCUCAGCUCCGCUUCCAAGGUUCUUGCUGGUUCCUCAGGUCUCUUCGGCGGCCAUGUGUCCCACCUGCAGCAGCAGCAGCAGCAGAGGAACCUCUCCCUACACGAGUACAUGAGCAUCGGGCUGCUGAAAGAGGCCGGCAUCUCCGUGCCAGAAGGCAUGGUGGCCAGCUCCUCAGAGGAGGCGUACUCUGUCGCCAAGCAGAUUGGUUCAAAGGACCUGGUGGUGAAAGCUCAGGUUCUGGCUGGUGGCAGAGGAAAGGGGACAUUUGAGGGCGGACUGAAGGGAGGAGUGAGGAUCGUCUACUCGCCAGAAGAGGCCCGUGACAUUUCCUCCCAGAUGAUUGGUCGAAAGCUGUACACUAAGCAGACCGGGGAGGCAGGUCGCAUCUGCAACCAGGUGUUUAUCUGCGAGCGCAGGUACCCACGCAGAGAGUAUUACUUCGCCAUCACCAUGGAGAGGUCCUUCCAGGGUCCUGUCUUGAUUGGCAGCUCGCAGGGCGGCGUGAAUAUCGAAGAUGUCGCCGCCGAAAAUCCAGAUGCCAUUGUGAAGGAGCCCAUCGACAUUGUGGAGGGCAUUAAGAUGGAACAGGCUGUCAAGGUAGCAAAGAAGAUGGGCUUCCCAUCAGGGCUGGUGAACGAGGCGGCGGAGAACAUGAUCAAACUGUACAAUCUGUUCAUCAAGUACGACGCCUCCAUGGUCGAGAUCAACCCCAUGGUGGAGGACUCCUCUGGCAUCGUGAUGUGCAUGGACGCCAAGAUCAACUUUGACUCCAACGCAGCGUACCGCCAGAAGAAGGUGUUCGACAUGCAGGACUGGACCCAGGAGGACCCCCGGGACCGGCAGGCCGCCAAGGCCGACCUCAACUACAUCGGCCUGGAUGGAACCAUCGGCUGUCUGGUAAACGGAGCAGGUCUGGCCAUGGCCACCAUGGACAUCAUCAAACUCCACGGUGGCACGCCGGCCAACUUCCUGGAUGUCGGAGGAGGAGCCACGGCUCAUCAGGUGACUGAGGCCUUCAAACUCAUCACCUCUGACAGGAAGGUUCAGGCCAUCCUGGUCAACAUCUUCGGAGGCAUCAUGAGGUGUGACGUCAUCGCUCAAGGCAUCAUCAUGGCUGUGAUAGACCUGGACCUCAAGAUCCCCAUCGUAGUGCGGUUACAAGGAACGAGAGUGGACGAUGCCAAAGCUCUGAUCGCUGCCAGUCCGCUGAAAAUCCUGGCCUGUGACGACCUGGACGAGGCCGCAAAAAUGGUUGUAAAGCUUUCUGAAAUCGUCUCGCUGGCGAAGGAAGCUCAAGUGGACAUCACCUUCCAGCUGCCCAUCUAAGAAAGAGACCUGACCUUUGACCUCAAUGACUUCCUCACCCCAAACACUUCCACAGACGCCAACCACUCCACCUCCUCCCCCAUACAGACAGCAAGACGGGCCUCUCACACACCGGAGACGUUUAGUUUUCUCUUUCUUACUCUGUGGCAUGAUGGCAUGACUCUGUACAGGUGUCCAACAGGUAGACCACCACAACAGGUUACACUGAGAGAGAGAACAGCCUCCUUUUUAGUCACACUCGGAUCUGUUUCCUGUCUCAACCUUUUUUUGUCCCUCCACAUUUCCUCAAACCUACAAACUUAAUUUAUACUUGAGUUGAUACGCACAAACCUCCACUUUUAACUCUUUCACUAUUUAAGCACUUGUUGGGAAAUGUUCCUCCGCCCUGUUCAGCUGAAGCGUGUGACGACGCUGCUUUCACAUUUGAUUGGUGCUGUUACAUCAGGCUGGUGCAGACAGGUGACUGGGAAGGCAUCAGGAGAUGGACUGUAAUCCCAUUACUUUCAUUAAAACACACACAUAGUUCUGCAUGAGUGCCUUUUCGGUGUCUUAUCUCUAUGUAGGAAUGUGACAGAAUAAAGAUUUGUCCCCACUGUGCAGAACUUUGAAGUGUUUCAUCAAACACACAAACAACAUGACAGAGUGACGUCUCAGUGAAACACAGCGGACAGCACCGUCUGCAGCAUUGAUUUAAUAAUAGUGUUCAGACAGAAAUUGCUUCAGAGAACGAGCUGUUGUUCCCGCAGACGCCUCGUCGUCGUUCCUUUACCGUCUAUAGACACAAGUGUUCAUCAGCUGGUUCUUAAUGGUCGAACUGAGCACGCUCCCUUGGUCCAAAAGUGGAGACACAUAAUGUAAACCCUCCAUUAUGCUGUGAUGAUCACACUGAAAGUCUUCACUGGAUUCAUGUAUUUAGAAGUAUACUGCGCAGGAUAAACACUCACCAGCAGAAGUAAAGGUAAAAGCCAACCUCAGAUUGAGUCGUUUGGCAUUUUGCCUCCCUAUAUUUGCAUUCUCUCAGCCCUGUGGAUGCCUGUUGCUCACGGGUUGACACCACGGUUUGACACCUGCUCGCUACCUUUUUAGAAAGCCGCGACCUCACCUGAGUGUGUGGGGGUGCACACACAUAGACCCACACACAGAAAAUAAGAAGUUCAUAGUCUCUGCUGAUAAAUAAAGCGCCACACACUGAGAGUGGGGCAUAAGUGAUGAUUGAGAGGGACUACUGCUGUAUGAGUGUGUACAUCCUGCAGAGUAUAUAUUUACAUAUGUCGCUGAAUUCAGGCUCAUUGUUAAGCGUCUGCAGAAAUGUGUGAAAAGCUCAGUUCAAUAAAAACACAGUCUUAUUUCCCUCCAGUGGAUUCUGUCCAUGCAGAUAGUUUGGGAUUAAUUUGCAGCUUUCUGCCUCCACUUCAGCACUAUGGAGGUGAAUGGACUUUAGUUUGUGUUGCUCACAGCAUUGAGAAUUUCUCACCGACAGACGUCACUUACAGCAGUUUUAUAACUUACUUUCUACCAAAAAAGGCUCCAACAUGACUGCUACAGUUUAAUUUUAGCCACACUGUGAAGAUGCUGAUUCUAGCAGUUAGCUCAGAUGCUGCAUCUUAAAGAGAGAGUUCAGAUUUUUGAAAGUGAGGUUGUAGGAGCUCCCUACCCAUCAGUGUAUUACCUAGAGUAGAUGUCAGCUGGCACGCUCCCAGUUUGGAGAAGCAGGCUGGAGUACAUCCACAGAAGCUAAGCAAUGUACCGCUGUGGACAGGGGCAGCAACAAAGUGUAUUAUAGCCCCUGGAAAAAUCACUGUCAGUUUGAGUGUACGCUAUAUUUAUAUUACUAUUAAUAUUUAGAAUAUUUUUACUCCCUUACCUUUACCAUACCCAGACUCCACUGAGAAAAACAGUGAUUUAACCCUGCUGAACACAGGAGCAGCUGGUCUACCACUGCCUCGACCAGUUAAUUUGUUUGAUGUUAUUGCGUGACUUCGGCUUUUAGGAGGGUUAGUUCAGAUUCACCAAAGUCACACAAUAACACUAAAUAACUAACUGAUCGAGGCAGCAGUAGACCAGCAGCUCCUGUGUUCAGCAAGCUAAAAUUGCUGUUUUUCUCAAUGGAGUCUGGUGAGUUUGAGGAGAGCGUAGGUAGGAAACUGGAACCAUUGGAACAGGCUGUCUUAUGGAAAAAUAAAGUGUUGAAAUACUGUAAAUAUAGCCAACACUUGAACUGGUAUUGGGUUUUUUAGGUGGCUAAAAUAUAUUUUCUGCUGCCCCUGUCCACAGCGGUGCAUUGCUUAGCUUACGUGUCAGUACUCCUGCCUGCUUCUCCAAACUGCCAUCUACUGCAGGUAAUACACUGACUGUGGACAAGUUCCUCAUACAACCCCUUCAAAAAAUCCAAACUAUCCCUUUAACCCCACAGAGCUGUGAGCACAGCUGCAGGCUGUUAGUCCUGAUUAAACCACAGAUCUCACAGUGUGGACAAAUACAGCCAAAACUAUCUGCAUGGAGGUAUGUGAAAGAUUUAUUAUCUUACCUUUAAACAGAGGGCAUCAGGUGCACGUGAGAGAACUUGCUUGUGUGCUUGUUUUGUUAGUGAAGACAGACGUAGGAACCUUUGCAUUUUUAGCUGGAAAUAGGCACUACUACUACUACUGGUUGAAAAACAAUCAGAUUUUAUCAGCUGUAAUCUAAUCAUUCACUAUGAGUCAUCAUAAAGAGUCUUUGAGUACAAAGACAUUUAUAAAUGGUGAAAGCUAAACCCAAAGAAAUGUGAAAUAAAUGAAUCUCCAGCUUUAGUUUUGAGUGUCGGAGUUUCAGCUCACCUCCCAGCAUCCAGUCUCUGAAGGAUAAAGGCCGCAGCAUUAGCACCAUUCUCACUGUUUACCCUCAGCUGUGAACACAGACCACAUUUGUCAGUCUAAAAUAUUAGCUGUGACACUUGUGGACCGCGGGCACAUUGAUUGAUGCAGGGAUUUGUGGCGGGUAUUGAUGAACAGUACUGGAGUUUCCCGCUCUGCUCGGCUGUGGCGCGGCUUCAUGUGUGGUCGUGUUGAACAGAGGUGAUACAUCUCCAGUUUUUAAACAAGUCACAUGAAUUAUUCAGUGUUCCUGUUGUGGAGCUCAACUUUCCCAGAGAAACGGCCCGAGGGGGAAACUUGGUGUGAUUUCCUGCGUUCACUUCGUCUCUCGUUCUGCUAAAGAGGAUGCUUGACUCUCUUGCUUCCCUCAUGGUUUGUUGUAGAGUGAGCUCAUGCGUCUUCUCACAGUCUGUUGUGUUGACCCCGUCCUGCUGAAGUGAAGCAUGCUUUAUGAUGUUAGCUAACAGGGCACACUGGCGUUCAGAUCAUCUAACAACCUCGACAGCGGGUUGAUUGUGCUGUUGGAGGCAGCUGUUGUAGAAGUCCCUGGUUUAAAAACAUGACUGCAGCAUUUUAGCUUCACUCCAUCAGAGUUUUUCUGAAAGUUACAAGAAACUGGACACACUGGAGAUUUGUGUAUUUAUUAGGUCCCUCUGUUUCCUCCUUUUUACUGAAGAGCUGCUGCAGAGUUGAACAGGGACUUCUGCAGAAGCUGCCGCUGUACAUUCAGUCUGCCAUCAUGCCACACAGCGUUUUUGUUUCUGUAUAUGAUGUCUGACCUCUCACCAGAACGGUAAAAUGACUGUAGUUUCUUAUCCCUUCUUCCUCUUCCUCCUCCUUCAGCGCUCCGAACACAAGCAGACAUUGUGAGUUGUACUUCAUUUAUUAUAUCUUGUAAAUAACCAAACGGAUGUUCUCUCUCUGUAAAAUAUUUAUGCUCCUCACAAAAGGAGUACGACAAAGAAAGACAAAAAAUAAAUGCAGAGAACACCAAG